AUGCGGAUCAAUGAGCGGACAUUAGUAGCGGUGGUUCACUCGCGACAGACACCGGUCGACAAGAGUGGAUGGCUUUACAAGAGGGGAGAUCUGAACCGAUCGUUUCAGAAGAGAUGGUGUGUUCUUAAGGGAAACCUAUUCUACUAUUUCGAUAAGAAGACAGAUCGGGAACCGUUGGGUCUCAUUAUACUCGAGGGCUGUCGGCUAGAGUUGGCCGAACUCGAGACCGAAAAGUUUGCCUUCAAAAUAGACUUCGGCGGCGGAACCGGCGCUCCCGACGGCCUCUAUUUGGGCGCCAAUCAAAGCGCUCAGAAUAGCGGCGGUCAACAAAUGCGGACCUAUAUCUUGGGAACCGAUUCGCAACAAGACAUGGAGUCGUGGAUGAAAGCGUUGAGUUGCGCCUCAUAUGACUACUUGAAGAUGAUUGUGGCAGAACUCCAGACCAGACUCGACGACAUUAAUAAACUACAGGACUCGCGACUCCAGCGUCAGAGAGAUAGCGCGUCGGGUGCCAGCGGUAGUGGCGGUCAUUUGAGCGCUCGAUCCAAUCCGUUUGACACGGAAGCGCUGGAUCUAAUGGAUGUGAGGCCGGGCGCGAGUAUUAUCGGCCAAUCGUCGGCCGAUAAUUGCAUUCAAUUCACGCGCCGAGCGUUCGCUGAGAUUCACGAAUUUCAUGGCAUUAAAUUCCGGGAAUAUAUUCAACAAAACAGAGACAAACAUAAACCAAAUGUCAUAUGA